GGUCGGCCAAACUUCCUGUCCCGCGCUCGAGCUGCUUCCGGCGGGAGCCGGAAGACGCCGUAUGUGGACGGAAUUCGGCACCCGCUGACGGACAGACGGCUGCCCGGGACGGGAAGGUUUAAGUUGAUAACCAGCCCAGUUCAGCAUCUUAAAGGAAGAGCAUAUAGUUUUUCCUAGAGGACUAUGAACAUAACAGGAACUCUGACUUAAAUUUGAAUCUGUUCCCUGAACAGCAACAGGAUUUUGGAAGCUGAAUCAAUGUUAUCAGAUGAGUUAGAAUCCAAACCAGAGCUCCUGGUUCAGUUUGUUCAGAAUACCUCCAUCCCAUUGGGACAGGGGCUAGUAGAAGCAGAAGCUAAGGACAUUACUUGUUUAUCCCUCCUUCCGGUGACUGAACCCUCAGAAUGCAGCCGGCUAAUGUUACCAGAUGAUACUACAAGUCAUACUAACUCCUCCAAGGAGGUAACUUCCUCGGCUGUAUUGAGAAGUCUUCAGGUGAAUGUGGGGCCAGACGGAGAGGAGACAAGGGCUCACACUGUACAAAAGUCCCCGGAGUUUUUGUCCACUCCAGACUCUCCUAGCUUAUUGCAAGAUCUACAACCAAGUGAUAGCACUUCUUUUAUUCUUCUUAACCUAACAAGAGCAGGUCUGGGCUCUUCAGCUGAGCACUUAGUAUUUGUACAGGAUGAGGCAGAAGACUCAGGGAAUGAUUUCCUCUCCAAUGAGAGCACGGACAGUAGCAUUCCAUGGUUUCUCCGGGUUCAGGAGUUGGCCCAUGACAGUUUGAUUGCUGCUACUCGUGCACAACUGGCAAAGAAUGCAAAAACCAGCAGCAAUGGAGAAAAUGUCCACCUUGGUUCUGGAGAUGGGCAACCCAAAGACUCUGGGCCCCUUCCUCAAGUGGAAAAGAAGCUCAAGUGUACAGUUGAAGGCUGUGGCCGGACAUUUGUUUGGCCAGCUCACUUUAAGUACCACCUCAAAACUCAUCGAAAUGACCGCUCCUUCAUCUGCCCUGCAGAAGGUUGUGGAAAAAGCUUCUAUGUGCUACAGAGACUAAAAGUACACAUGAGGACACACAAUGGGGAAAAGCCCUUUAUGUGCCCUGAAUCUGGCUGUGGUAAGCAGUUCACUACAGCUGGAAAUCUGAAGAACCACCGGCGCAUACACACAGGAGAAAAACCUUUCCUUUGUGAAGCCCAAGGAUGUGGCCGUUCCUUUGCUGAGUAUUCAAGCCUCCGAAAACAUCUGGUAGUUCACUCAGGUGAGAAGCCUCAUCAAUGCCAAGUCUGUGGAAAGACCUUCUCUCAGAGUGGGAGUAGAAAUGUGCACAUGAGAAAGCAUCACUUGCAACUAGGAGCAUCAGGAAGUCAAGAGCAGGAGCAGACUGCUGAGCCACUCAUGGGCAGUAGUUUGCUUGAAGAGGCUUCAGUACCCAGUAAAAACCUGGUGUCUAUGAAUUCUCAGUCGAGCCUUGGUGGAGAGUCCUUGAACCUACCAAAUACCAAUUCUAUCCUGGGAGUUGAUGAUGAGGUGCUUACUGAAGGAUCCCCACGUCCCUUGUCUUCAGUGCCUGAUGUAACACAUCACUUGGUGACCAUGCAGUCAGGAAGGCAGUCAUAUGAAGUUUCUGUCUUAACUGCAGUAAAUCCACAGGAGUUACUAAAUCAAGGAGAUUUAACGGAAAGACGGACAUGAGCAGAGCAUGGGCACUGACUCUUGGUGGAGCAACUCUGUCUAAUCACAGAAUCUGUAGUGGGAAAAGGAUUCAGAGGCUCACUACCUGCCAGAACUAAAAUGAAACUAUAAAGGACAAGGCCCCACUUUGCCUGUGUUCAUUUUAGCUGGCAGAGAAGAUGGAUACACGAGCUCUUCAGCCACCAUCUGAUCCAUACAAGGAGCAAAGCAGUGACUUAGGCAAUUGAACUUGCCUCUCUUCUCACUGCAAAAUUUGGGAUAGCCAUCUCCCAAAAGAAAUUAAUUAUGUGUUGGUUAAAGUUUUUCUUUAUGACUAUUGAGGGGAGGUUUUGCUUUGAAGACUUUUCAUCUCAGACUCAGUCUUUUCACAUGGAUAAAAUGUCCAGCCACCAACCUGGAACUUGAGUUUUCAAGAUGCCUUGUUGCUUUGAAGAAGGGAGUGAUGUCAAUUCUGUUGUAGCAUUCUCCCUUUUGCAACCUGAGUAAAAGGACUCUCAGCCACAGGGCUGAACAAAAUAAAUUACUUGAAUCUCCCCUUGGCCCAGGCUGAGGUACUAUCUUGUCUAUAUAUGUAUCUCUA